AUGAAAUCCUUCGUUCUGCUCUUUUGCCUGGCUCAGCUCUGUAGCUGCCGCUCGAUCCCGCUUGACCCGAUUGCAGGUUAUAAAGAACCGGCCUGUGAUGACCCAGACACAGAGCAAGCAGCCUUGGCGGCCGUGGACUACAUCAACAAGCACCUUCCUCGGGGCUACAAACACACCUUGAACCGGAUUGACAGUGUGAAGGUGUGGCCGAGGCGGCCCACGGGAGAGGUGUAUGACAUUGAGAUAGAUACCCUGGAAACCACCUGCCACGUACUGGACCCCACGCCCCUGGCGAACUGCAGCGUGAGGCAGCAGACGGAGCACGCGGUGGAAGGAGACUGCGAUAUCCACGUGCUGAAACAAGAUGGCCAGUUUUCCGUGCUGUUUACAAAAUGUGAUUCCAGUCCAGAUUCCGCCGAGGACGUGCGCAAGUUGUGCCCAGACUGCCCCCUGCUGGCCCCGCUCAACAACAGCCGGGUGGUGCACGCAGCAGAGGUCGCGCUGGCUACCUUCAAUGCCCAGAAUAACGGCUCCUACUUUCAGCUGGUGGAAAUUUCUCGGGCUCAAUUUGUGCCUCUUCCAGUUUCUGUCUCUGUGGAGUUUGCAGUGGCUGCUACUGACUGUAUUGCUAAAGAGGUCGUAGAUCCAACCAAGUGCAACCUACUGGCAGAAAAGCAAUAUGGCUUCUGUAAAGGCUCCGUCAUUCAGAAAGCUCUUGGUGGGGAAGACGUCGCAGUGACUUGCACGCUGUUCCAAACGCAGCCUGUGAUUCCGCAGCCCCAGCCCGAAGGCGCCGAAGCUGGGGCCCCAAGUGCUGUGCCGGACGCAGCUGUGCCUGUGCCUUCUGCAGCUGGCCUGCCCGUGGGCUCCGUGGUGGCGGGGCCAAGCGUGGUAGCAGUUCCCCUGCCGCUGCACCGGGCACACUACGACUUGCGCCACACCUUCUCUGGUGUGGCCUCAGUGGAGUCAGCCUCGGGAGAAGCAUUCCACGUGGGGAAAACACCCAUCGUGGGGCAGCCUAGCGUUCCUGGAGGUCCAGUCCGCCUUUGCCCGGGGAGAAUCAGAUACUUCAAGAUCUAG